CAAAUGCAGCGCAUGUCUCCAAGGCAACAAGAACAAUAUAUCAAACUGCAACAGCAAUACGCGAAGCAACAAGAACAAUACGUGCAACGGCUGACGUCUUUUAAACAUCAGUUGGACGAGAGGCAAAGGAAUAAACAAUCUCGACCUGACCUAAAAAGAAUGAAGAUUACAAACCAGCAGCCAUAAGGCCUUAUCCCAUGAACAGAGAUGAGUUGGAUAAGUCGACAGGAAAGAAAAAGUCUGUUACAGCAUCUUUGUUGUUCAAGCAAAAUUGGUCGGACAACUUUAAAAAGAAGAAAUCGACGCAGUACAGAGUGUUCAAAACAGAGGCGACACAAGAGUUAAAGAGUGUGUUCAAAACAAUGAAGAAUUUCAAGGAUAUUUCUAUCGAUAAGAUCAGGGAAGACAGGGGAAAGGUUGACGUUACGUUCACUGUAAAAUAUACGAAGGAGACGAGUUCCCCACUUAAACCAUUAUACGACCGUAUUGUCGGGUAUUACCUUGGAAGUAUGCCCGUUUAUCGGGACACCUUGAUCAGAGGAGAUAAACGUCGACCAAUGACGGCACCUGUCCGACCAGCGACGAAAAUGGACAAAUCACAGUCGGAAAAUCCUGCAACUGAGUUUGCGGCGUUUGUCAACAAAGUGAUUAAUAAAGUGAAGAACAGAGCUGAAACUUUAAAUGAAAAUCAUGAAGCCUAUCAAGGUUGUUUUAAAGAUCAAAAGCCAAAUCGAGACAUGAAGAAGCAUUUCGCCAAGUUCGAAAUGACGCCCGAGUGGUGUGUACACACCUGCAAAGAAGACGGGUAUCGCUUUGCCGGGGUUCAAUACUCGUACCUCUGCUUCUGCGGAAACAAAUUUGGCAAAUAUGGCCGAGUAUCAGACACAGAAUGUAGAAGCCGUUGCUACGGUGACAAGAAUCGUUUCUGUGGAUCAUUCUGGCACAAUUCCAUUUACUCUGUUGAUGGUAAACAUCACGAUCCGGACGAAUUUGCUGCGUUGCCAGACGAUGACGAUGAAAGCGGUCAUGACGAAAACGACGAAAAGGAUGAAAACAAGACUGAAGAUGACAAGAACAAAGAUGACAAAAGCGAGGGAAAAUCCGAUAACGAUAAUGAAAAAGAACACGCUGACGUCGCCAAUCAUUUGAUGAAAGCAGCUUCGUCUGCACUGAAAGCUGCAAAGAAACUGCUGCCUUCAGGAAAAGAUAAGAGGAAGAUGUCUUCUAAAGAUGUUAACAAGUACAAAGUUGAAGCUCGAAAAGCUUUGAAAGCCGUUGAUAAAAUCGUCGACGAGAAGAUGAAAGUCGAAAAGAGAUCCGUUGAACGAACAGAAGGACGAAAUCUUCUCAUGGCUUACCUCGGUAAUGUUGGCGGUUACGACCGAGUGUAUCGGUCUGCGGAGGAUGAGAACAAGCCAGUCGAAAAGUUGAAAUUUGACUACAAGCGUGAGAUUGUCGACGAGGAAGGCGAUGGCGAGUUUAUAUCGAAAGCCAAAGGCAAGAAAACAGACUGAAAAGAAGCAGACGAUCUUUGGAAUCGGAGGAGUUUGAUGGGCGAAAGAAGAUGGCUUUGCGAGCAAUGAUUGACAGUAAUGAUAUAACCAAUCCGAAGACCGCUUUUGCGGAACCCUCACGUCGAGAGUUAUUAAACAAGGACUUGUCGGAUAAAGAGUUAAUACGCCUCAGCCGCAAUGCUGAAGACGAAGAAG